AUGUCUGACGUGGAUGACGAUUUGCUCGCUUUGGCUGGCGCUGGCGGCGGCAGCGAAACAGAGGACGAGCUUCCUGUAAAGAGAAAACGGGAGGACUCAGAGACAGAGGAAGAAUACGGCUUGGGGUCCGAUGCAGACGAGGGCGAUGGUGACGACGAUGACGACGACAACAACGACGACGAUGCGGCCGGUCCCGCAGCCUCUCCUAGCGUAGACAACAGCGACGAGGGUGAGGAAACUACCGGAGAUGUCGAAUAUGGUGAAAAGAACCCCUAUCCGCUUGAAGGAAAGUACCGCGACGAGGCAGAUCGGGCCAAGCUCCUGGCCCUCCCCGAAAUUGAGCGUGAGGAAAUCCUUUUCGACCGUUCGCAGGAAAUGCAGCGUUUCGAGGAACGACGAUACCUCGCACAGCGUGCCCACCAGCGCAAACAGCAGCUUGCCCAGGCUCAGGGCGACCAGCGACAGCUUCGUCGCGACCGUGAAGUCGUAGGUGUCUCGGGCGCCAAAAAGAACCAAUUACAAGCCUUGAAAAAGCGGCGUCAAGAACGUGAACGUCGUUCGCAAGGAGCAAUGGACUCGGAUUAUGAAGGUAGUGAUGAAGACGAAGACGAGGACGAAGAAAAGUACGGGAGUGAUUACAGCGACCGAGAAGUUGAAUGGGACGAGGGCGAGAAACGAGAGGAAGUUAAGCCACUUAGUGCUUCUGAUCUGAACCGUAUUCGCUUUGGCAAGACUUUGCUGGCCAAGUAUUGUUAUUAUCCAAAUUUUGAGGCAGCGGUCACAGGCAGCUUUGUGCGGGUCAACAUCGGUUACAACCACCAAAAACAACAAAACGUUUAUCGUGUAUGCCAGGUUAUCAAGCUGGUCAAAGUGAACAAAGUAUACACCUUUAUGGACCGCGUUAUUGAUCAAGUUCUGCUAGUAUCCCAUGCUGGCUCGGAGCGGCAAAUCGAAAUGGGCAUUGCAAGUGACUCCCCCAUCACCGCAUCCGAGUUUGAAUACUGGAAAAAUGCAAUGGAGCAGGCGCAGCGUUCUUUGCCUCAGCGAUACCGCGUCGAUGCCAAAUUCAAUGAGAUGCGUGAGCUCAGAAGGGCACUAACCUCUCAAGAAAUUGAGGAGAUGGUUCAGCGACGACAAACCCUCACUGGAUCCAAGGGUGCAAAUACUGUACUGGAGCGCUCUGUGCUUCAGGAGCAACGGGAGCAGGCUCUCGAGCAAGGCAACAAGGCCCUGGUGGUGGAACUAGACGAACGGCUAGCUAGCCUAGAAGAAAAAGCGGCUGUUCGCACUGCGUCAGCUGCAGAUGACAAGCUUUCAAAGCUCGCCAGCGUCAACGAGCGAAACAGACGCAACAACGUUGCAGAGAUCCGCAAGGCUGAAAUCCAAGCCCAGGCCGAGCGAAGGAAAUCUGGCAACGUUAUUAAAGCCGACCCCUUCAGUCGUCUGCGCACCACAGCUCGUAUCUACUAUAAUGACGAUGGCCAGGAGCCGGCUCCAGUCGUCGAGAGCUCUACCACUGAGACCGAGGAAUCAAAAGUGACAAUGUCGGCUCUCGAUAAGAUUAUUGCUGGAUUGGACAUAAAACUUGAAAUCGAAAUCUGA